UUGAAAAAAACUGAUUCAGGAAUUCCACUUCUUUUUACCGCUAUUCUGACUAUUGCUGUUCCGAACUUUUUUAACCGAGAAGACGAUUUUUGUUGGGUACGACCGGACUACCUUAUCUAUGCAGUUGUUGCGCCAACUUCUGUGGUGGUAUUUAACGGGCUGAUCUGUUUUUUCAUGAUAAUGAUCAACUUAUUUCCUCAUCUAAUCCGAAGUCGAACGAUUACUUUAACACAUCAACGAUCUUCUCGGCGUCUGAAAAUAAUUACGCUAAUUUUAAUCCAAUUUUCUCUUGGACUCCCAUGGGUAAAUUUUGACGAAUUGUUCAAAAGCCUUUGGGUUAAAAAUUGUAAUAACUGUACAAAUCAAUUCCUGUAA